UGCUGUGGUGCUUCCUUUUACCCCAUACAAAAUGGAACAUAAGAAACUACAAAGCUGAACAAACUACAAUCUUCUUAUAAAUGAGAGGCACUGAAGUCUGAGCAGUUUCCAGCUGAGGGAAAAUAACCAACAGCUUCUCCACAGUGUAGAUCAAAGCAGGGAAAACAUGAAUAUCACUAACUGUACCACAGAAGCCAGUGUGGCUGUGAGACCCAAGACCGUCACUGAGAAAAUGCUCAUUUCCAUGACUCUGGUGACCAUCACCACCCUGACCAUGUUGUUGAAUUUGGCCGUGAUCAUGGCCAUCUGUACCACCAAGAAGCUCCACCAGCCUGCCAACUACCUGAUCUGUUCUCUGGCCGUGACGGACCUCCUGGUGGCAGUGCUCGUCAUGCCCCUGAGCAUCAUGUACAUUGCCAUGGAAAGCUGGAAACUAGGGUACUUCAUCUGUGAGGUGUGGCUGAGUGUGGACAUGACCUGCUGCACCUGCUCCAUCCUCCAUCUCUGUGUGAUUGCCCUGGACAGGUACUGGGCCAUCACCAAUGCUAUUGAAUAUGCCAGGAAGAGGACGGCCAAGAGGGCUGGGCUGAUGAUCCUCACCGUCUGGACCAUCUCCAUCUUCAUCUCCAUGCCCCCUCUGUUCUGGAGGAGCCACCGCCAGCUGAGCCCACGCCCUAGUCAGUGCACAAUCCAGCAUGACCAUGUCAUCUACACCAUUUACUCCACACUGGGGGCAUUUUAUAUCCCCUUGACUUUGAUACUUAUUCUGUAUUACCGUAUUUAUCAUGCAGCCAAGAGCCUUUACCAGAAAAGAGGAUCAAGCCGGCACUUAAGCAACAGAAGCACAGAUAGCCAAAAUUCUUUUGCGAGUUGUAAACUUACACAGACUUUCUGUGUGUCUGAUUUCUCCACCUCAGACCCUACCACAGAGUUUGAGAAGAUCCACACCUCUAUCAGGAUCCCUUCCUUCGACAAUGAUCUAGAUCACCCUGGAGAACGGCAGCAAAUCUCUAGCACCAGGGAGCGCAAGGCAGCACGAAUCCUAGGACUGAUUUUGGGUGCAUUCAUUUUGUCAUGGCUGCCAUUUUUCAUCAAAGAGUUGAUUGUAGGUCUGAGCAUCUAUACAGUGUCCUCUGAAGUGGCUGAUUUUUUGACGUGGCUCGGUUAUGUUAAUUCUCUGAUCAACCCUCUGCUCUACACAAGUUUUAAUGAAGACUUUAAGCUGGCUUUUAAAAAGCUCAUUAAGUGCCGAGAACAUACUUAGAUUGCAAAAAGCCAAAAAGCAUCACUUUUACCAGCCUUGUGAGUGGACAAGGGUAAGGGGUGCAACUUAUCAAUUUGUGAACAUAGUUGGUUCAGGAAAUUUUGUGAGGUAGUGUGGUCUUUUUGUUUGUUUUGUUCUGUUUUGUUUGAGGUUUGUUAUUUGGUGUGCCGUUUUCUACCUCUGGUUUUAUUGUGGUACAUGAUUUCAAAUAAACAUUAUCAUAUAAAGACAGAAAUUUCAUAGAAAUAAUAAUAAGGUGAAAUAGUAACUACUUUUUUUAGCCAUUUCAGUUAAUCCUGCAAUUAAAGAAUGCCAAAAUAAAUCUUCAUUUGCAGAAUUUCUUAUUACUUAUAAAUCAAAUACCUGAUAACUUGCCUUCGUGUGGCAUUAAACCUGGGGUCAUGGCUCCAUAUUUGUGCAAAUUUUAGUGGGAA